AUGUCUCAACCUCAGUCCGACGACAAAAAGAGGCCAAAUUAUGACGAGGGGCUUGAGUCUGACGGAACUAGCACGCUUGAUACAAUCAAUGCGCUGAUCGUUGAAGACCGCAAACAUGACAUCAAGCUGCGGACCAUGUCCUGGCAAAAGGCCGCUUGGUUGCUUGCCGGCGAGCAGGUCUGUCUGGCUAUUAUGUCCCAAUCGUGGUCGCUCUCUGUUCUAGGAUGGGUGCCCGGAAUUAUCACGAUGGUUGUAUCGGGGGUGCUCUUCUGGACCACUUCCAUGACUCUCCACAAGUUCAUCAUGAAAUACCCGCAGAUCAAGGAUAUUUGUGACUUUGGUUACUACGCCUUCGGAAAAAGCAAAAUUGCAUACGCAUUCUCUGCGUUCAUGCUGCUCGCCAACAACAUUCUGCUCAUCGGCUUUCACAUCCUGACCGGUGCCAAGGUUCUUAACACACUUUCGGAUCACUCACUCUGCACAGUUGUCUUUUCGGUCAUCGUGAUGAUCAUGGGCAUUGUGCUGUCGUUACCGAGAACCCUCCACCAUGUCUCAUUCAUGUCGAUGUUCUCAUCUUUCUGCAUGGCGAUUUCCAUUCUUCUCUUCCUGAUUUUCGCCGGUAUCGAGGCAGCGCCGCUCGUCGGCUACAAUGGAGACUAUCCCACCGACGGACCUGUGCGAACUUACGCUUUCCCACUCCCGGGAACCACGUGGGUCAACUGCAUGAACGCCGUCUUGAAUAUCACAUUCCUCUGGGUUCCACAAAUCCUCUUCCCCACAUUCAUCUCCGAGAUGGAGAAGCCACAAGACUUCCCCAAGGCGCUUGCCGUUUUGACCGGUAUCUCGGUAGUGCUAUUCAUCGUCCCACCUGCAAUCGGGUUCAGGUAUCUAGGGCAAUAUUCGACCGCCCCAGCUUUUGGCAGUCUCGGUGUCGUAUCAUACAAGAAGGCCUCGUUUGCCUUUGUCAUUGUGCCUACGCUCAUUAUUGGUGCUAUCUACGCAAAUGUCUCUGCGAAAUUCGUCUUUUUCAAGGUCAUGGGAAACUCAAAACAUGCUCACAGCAACACCGUUGUCGGUUGGGGUGUUUGGAUUGGCCUUAUGGCGAUCAUCUGGAUCAUUGCAUUCAUCUUUUCCGAGGUCGUUCCUAGCAUGGGCGAUUUCUUGUCUCUUCUUGGCGCCGCCUUCGACUCUUUCUUCGGCUUCAUCUUCUAUGCUGUUGCAUACUGGAAUCUUUACAGAACGAAAUUGUUCGCUGGUGCUGCCAGGUCUGUGAAGACGCUUAUGCAUUUGUUCAUCUUGUUGUGUGGCUUGUUCCUGCUUGGACCGGGUCUUUAUGCAGCUGUUGAGGCUAUUAUUGCCGAUUACUCCGGUUCUAUUACGCCGGCAUUUAGCUGUGCUAAUUUAGCGCUUUAG